AUGACCCACUUCAACAAGGGCCCUUCCUACGGACUCUCAACUGAGGUCAAGAACAAGAUUGCUUCAAAGUAUGAUCAUCAGGCAGAAGAAUAUCUUCACAGUUGGAUAGAAGAGGGGACAGGCAUGAACAUUGCCACCAAUUUCCAGCUGGACUUGAAAGAUGGCAUCUUCUUCUGCGAACUCAUAAACAAACUACAGCCAGCUUCAGUGAAGAAGGUCAAGGAGUCCUUCUUAAACUGGCCUCAGUUGGAGAAUAUUGGCAACUUUAUUAAAGGUAUUCAGGCUUAUGGUAUGAAGCCACAUGACAUAUUCGAAGCAAAUGAUCUUUUUAAGAAUGGAAACAUGACCCAAGUUCAGACUACGCUGUUGAGUCUAGCAGGUCUGGCUAAGAUGAAAAGAUGCCAUACAACCAUUGACAUUGGUGUUAAGUACACAGGAAAACAAACAAGAUGUUUUGAUGAAAGAAAAUUAAAAGCUGGUGAAAGUGUAACUGGCUUGCAGAUGGGAACCAACAAAUGUGCCAGCCAGGCAGGUAUGACAGCCUAUGGAACUAGGAGUCAUCUCUAUGAUCCCAAAAUGCAAACUGACAAAACUUUUUACUAUACCACGAUUAGUCUGCAGAUAGGCACAAACAAAGGAGCCAGAUGGGCAGGAAUGUUAGCACCAGGUACCAGAAGAGACAUCUACCAUCAGAAGCUGACACUACAACCUGUGGACAACUCGACAAUUUCUCUACAGAUGGGUACCAACAAAGUUGCUUCCCAGAAAGGAAUGAGUGUGUACGGGCUUGGGCAGCAAGUAUAUGAUCCCAAAUACUGUGCUGUUCCAACAGAACCCAUCAUUCACAAUGGAAGCCAAGGUACAGGAAAGAACGGGUCAGAAAUCAGUGAUAGCAAUUAUCAGGCAGAAUACCCCGAUGAAUAUCAUGGCGAGUAG